AUGAAAAAGUACUCCUCCUAAGGAUUAUUGCUGACUAAUGAAGAGCUUCUGCGCAUUUAAAUCCUAGCCAAAAACUCUUUCAGACCCUCUUCCAAAUAGAGAAUCAAGGAGAAACCUAAGCUUGAAUCAUACCAAUUCAAACCGGAGAUUAACAAAUAAUCUGCAAAUCUACAGAGAUCUAUAAAUGAUCUAUUCCGAUGGAAUUUAAAUAGACAAAUGAAAAGACAACAAAUAUAUGAUGAUGAAUCAAGAGAACUUGUCAACAAUGCCAAUAGAUUAACACAUGAAUUGAAUAACUCUUCUGUAUUUGACAGGUUGUAUCAGGUCAGAAAAAACAGCGAAAAUGUUAUUUAACAAUCUAAAAGAAACACUAGCAAUUUCGGACCUUAUUAUACUAAAAACAUGACUAGUUCCAUGUAUUAAGAAUAUCAACGCUAAUAAUAGUUAGAAGUUUCUUAAUUCAAAUCGAAAACUAAUGCCACUGAUAGUAAAUAUGAAUUAUCACAUCAAUAAACUCCAAAUCCCAAUUUUUUAGAUUCCGAUUAAUUACCUAUUGCUGUAAAUGAUCAAAUCAAGGCUUCCAUACCCGUACAUCAAUACGUAGACUUGACUGAAUAAUUGAGCAACUCUAUGAACGAGCCUGACUCACCUGCUAAGUCACCAUUGCAUCAGAAGGAUAUAGAAGUCAUGGUUGAAAGAUUAAAUAAUUGGUAGGCUAAGAAAUAACAAUAAGAACAACAAGAUUAAGAGGAAGAUUAACAUGUGAAAUCUUAAAUCAGACCCAAUUUCAUCAAUUAAAAUAGAUAACCAUCCUUCGGGAGUUCGUAAUCUCAAUCCAAAUUUUAUUCGAAUAUGUUCCUAAACAAUAAUCAAACACAUUGA